CCGAUCCAGAAAAAACAAUUUUUGUCAAGUUUCCUUCCCGAAAGCAAUUGUUCUCUCCUCCUCCACUCUCGUGUCUCCCAUUCUCUUUCUCUCUCCAACUGUGACAAUGGCGUCUGCUUCGAAGCAAAAUCCAUCGUCUUCCAAACCCCCAAGGCAUCCUUUUCCCAUCGCUGCCUCAAUCCCCACAAAAUCCGGUGUCACGGAAGAAUCCCAGUUUCGAAACCCUAAUAACCCUAGCACAAGCGUCUUACCGUCGACGUCGAAUUCACCGAUUUCUAUGGCAGUGGAGGAUCAGAUCCUCGGACGCUCCACUCACCUCACACGCCCGGAGCUUCUCCGACGCCGAUCGCACCACCUGAAGCAGCUCUCUAAAUGCUAUAGAGACCAUUACUGGGCUCUAAUGGAGGACCUCAAGGCGCAACACAGAGAGUAUUACUGGAAGUAUGGUGUUAGUCCUUUCAAAGAGGAUAAUCAUCAGCAAAACAAGAGACGAAAGGUUGGGAUUGACGGACAGAGUGGGGAUGAAAUCGCCGUUGAAGGCAGCGGAGACAACGAUAACAACAAUGGUGGAAGUAAUGGCGUUAAGGCUGAUCUCAGCAUGAAAGGCAAUUGUGUGGCUUGUGGGAAUGGAUGCAAAUCCAAGGCCAUGCCACUCACCAAUUACUGUCAGCUUCAUAUCCUCUCCGAUAAAAAACAGAAGCUUUACACGUCUUGUACUUACGUCAACAAAAGAGCUCAGUCAAAAGCAAUAACUUGUCCAAAACCAACACUUGCAUCGACUGUUCCUGCCUUGUGUAGUGUGCACUUCCAGAAAGCCCAAAAGGACGUUGCUCGGGCUUUGAAGGAUGCUGGUCAUAAUGUUUCUUCAACAAGCAAGCCUCCCCCAAAACUCCAUGACAUUGUAGCCGCGUUUGUGCAUCAUAUUCAAGCUAAAAGAAGAGAUCCGCGGAAAGAGGGCAAACUAAAAAGCUCUGUAAAAGAAGAAAUCACAAGCUAACUCCAACAACAGUUUGAGACUUUGGUUGCAGAGAAAUCAUUUGUUUCCACGAUUGUGCAAAAAAAUGGAAGGUGGACCUGAACACAGUACCUUUGUUAAGCAUUGGAAGCAACCGUUGAACCACAUGGCAGUGCGUAACAUAUAGAUCCAUAGCCUCUAUUCAAGCAAUGCAUGUAGGUGUUGGCUUCUGCCACGAUAUUGACAGAUUUUAGAUGCAAAGUGCCUCUACAAAGGUUACAACUUGCUUCAGCCAUGAGAGGGGCAACACUGACACAGAGGUUUAGUUAAAAAUCUAGUUUGACGAUGAGGAUAUCGUUAGAUUUUUAACACUUAUAUAACCCCAAGAAAAACUUACAGAUUGAAAUUCUACACAAUGAGAAUUUACGUGUUAAAAAGUCAGGUCUAGAGAUUAUUCCAUUGAUUUACAGAUUGGUAUCAUAGAUGAGAUGAAAUCCUAAACGAGCCAGAUACAGAUACAGGGUGAAUACUGAGUCAGAUUCUUUAUUCGUUGAUACUAUCACAAUCUCCAAGAGAUUUUAAUCAUCAACAGAUUCAAUUGCAAUUCACUACAGAGAUGGAGAGAGAGAGAUCUUACCGGCGGAAACUCUCAUAAUGAUAUCAUCAUCAUCCAUCGUUUUACAACCGAUCCAACGACGACACAACACACAAACUACGGGCUGCGGAUGAGAGCGCGA